GUAUUCCGUUAGAAAUGCUGAGCCGCCCCAGCCGUCCAUCUGGCAUCUGCUGUCACGUCCUUAGCCUGACAGAGAGAGGCACGUCCCGCUGCUUACAUCGAUCACCCAAACCCACCCACUGUCUGUCUGUGUCUUCUCCUUUUCUCUCUUGCCUGUCUGAGCGGCCACAAUGUUCGAGUCCCUCAAGAAGAAUAUCCAGUCGGUGCAGGAUGGCAUCACGGCGGGGCUACAGAGGCUGUCUGUUGGGGAGCAGAAGCCAACCCAAGUCAGUCCCUCAGAGUCCCAAGUGAAUCUGGCUGCUGGAUCGGACUUACUUCAGAUGUAUCAGACACAGUGGGCAACCAUGCAUCACUUGGCUGAACAAAACUCUGCAGCUGCUCAGGAUCUGGAUGUGGCCAUCACCCAGCUGGCUGAUGAGUGUGAGUGUCAGCACAGCCAAAUGGCUGAGAUCCAUUCCCUCUUGGCUCACCUACCUAACAUCAUGGCUCAGCUUCACUCCAUGUUGGCCACCAUUGGCUCCAUGCGAGGACUCUUUGAGGAGGUGGAGGGUGGCCUCCUCACCCUUCAGGACCUGGAUGAAGAGCUCACCCUCCAGGAGCAGAUCCUUGACCUGCGCCUUAGCUUAGCUCUGGCACGGGAAAAACACACACACAGCCUCAACUCUCUCAAUAAUGAACUGAAGGCCAAUCAUCAGACUAAAAUGAUUGUGUUGGAGCACAAGAAGGAGAAUGAAAGGAAAGAGAGGGAAAAGGUGUUCUCAGAAAAGUUUAGUGAAGAUAUAAAAAACUACAAAGAGCAAGGCCACAUAAAAAAAAGGAUACCCAGUGCUGAGGAAGAGGCUGGUUUAAAGCUGGAAGAGGUAGAUCUUGAGCAGGACUCCAGUGAACUGGAUGACUUCCUCAAUGAACCAGCCUGAGGUUUCCUUCAUCACCAGCAAAGCAUUGCCGGUCACCGUGGGUCACUGCUUGGCCACCGAGGAUACUGUGUCAGGACAGAGGCUACCCAAGACACUCUAAGAUUAAGGAAGUAUGCUUUAUUUGUACAAUUUAUUUUGAUUACUUGUGCUACCAAUGUCUCACAAAGGAAAGGAUUGAGGUGCUGAAAUGACCCAUAAGAGGCACUUCAGGAUUUUAAUAAGGGAUGCAGCAAUCAGUCAGUCAUUGGCACUUCUUGGACUGCACAUGUAACUGUUGGGAAUAUACUUGCCCUUGGCUAUAAAUGUAAUCUGAGACUAUUUGAAAGUAAUGAGAAAUUGGUGUGAAAGACAUUGUAAAUGAAACAUAUAUGAGAAUGAAGUUACUAGGAUGGACUCCUGGCCCAGCAAACACUAGCAAUGGACCCACAAAUGUCCGUCGCAGAAAUUGUGAAGUGUGUCACUAUUGCUUGCUGGGUCACCUCAUGGCAUUCCUCUUUCCUCAGCUCAGUUCUUGGUGUUGCAGGUUGUUUACUUUCACUUCCAUUGUACAUGGGUUGGCCCCCAUGCUUUUUUUCCCCCAUAUAUUUUUUUUUUUUUUUAUUCAUUAUUUUAUUAUAUAUUUAUUUGUUUAUUUAUUUUUCAAAGGAAUGAUCAACAGGCACAAGUGUUAUUAUUAAUAUUUGAGUCUCAUUAGAAAUUGUUUCUUGGAGUGUGAAUCAAUUAGACUCAUUCUUCAUGGACAAUUUUCCUAUUGAGUUUCAAGCUUGACUUCCACGAAGUCUUGCUUUGCUACUGUGUUCUUUUCCUUUCGAAGUAUACUGAUGUUCUACUGAAGUGAGUUGAUGUUAGAAGUCUUCUGGCCAGUAGUGUGGACUUCCUGCACAUAAAAGAUAUCUGCUGAGAUCAUUUUUCCUCCUCAGUCCAUAAGUGUUGGCUGUGAGGCAAGGCUAGGUGGAAGUAAUGGUGUUUGGUGUGUCAAGUGUAAUUGUCAUCAGGCUUUUAUAUGGUGAUGUGCUUCUUGUACGCAAUCUUUAGUGGUAAAUGUGGCAGUGAUGGGAUGUGGUGAAUGCUCUGCUGCUCCUGUAUUGUGAGGCAAGCAGCCACCAAUGUUUGACUACUACUAUGUGCUACAUGUCUCAGACAUCUUACCUUCAAGUGUUUGUUUUUUCUUUUCUUUUUCUCUUUUUUCAACAUUAUGAACUUGGAUUUUACUCUCUCUCUCUCUCUCUCUCUCUCUCUCUCUCUCUCUCUCUCUCUCUCUCUCUCUCUCUCUCUCUCUCUCUCUCUCUCUCUCUCUCUAUUGUGCCUUCCACUGUCGUGUUUUAUUGCUAUUGAGCAUACUUACAAAGCUGCACAUAUGUUUAUAUUGUGCACAAAAUUAUUGGGAUCAUGCGCCUGUCAUUCAGAAACUCCUGGCUUAUGACAUCACGUGAUAGGUGAGCUUCUCAAUAUAAUUUUUAUUGAGAAAUAGUUCUUGUAUUUCCCCAAUCUGCCCAUUCACCUUAGCUCCUAAUCGUCCACAAUGAGGUACUGAUAUAUAAAAUGCUAUAAAUUGUAAGUUGUUAUUAUGAUUCUUGAUUAGGUUUUUUUUAUAUUGUAUUAUUUUGUCAUUUUUACACUAUUGUAUGGUAUAAAAAGUGGGCAAAAAGUUAAAAAAUGACAGCUUGGAGGUCCUAGUGUCACUUUGAAUUACUACCGUAGGUUCAUCAGUUCAGCUACCACACAGUGAUAGAAGCACCAGUCAGGUGCGAUAGUGGAGGGUUGAGUGUAUACUCGGAUACUGAAUGGGAAAAGAAAGGAGGAAAAUAACAUGGCAUGAUAUGAGUUGGGUUCAUAAUGUAUUGACAAAAUGAUCCAACAUUUACAUGACACCUGAUAACCAGGUAUCUCUUCAAAUGCAUCCCUUCCAUUCAUGAAAUAACCCUCAAUCAUCAUACACUCAUUCAUUCAUUCAUCAUUCAUUACAUAAUCUGAUUCUUUUGUGAUGAAUUCAUGUGUCAAAUUGUAAGCCAUGUGGAGUGCAUGAAUUGCAUUCCAGUGCUUAAUCUGAAUGACCAUAUUUGACAGUCUAUAAAAUGCACCUCAGUUUGGUUAGACAUUGAAGAAAAAAUUAUAGAUAAAUGUUUGUUUCCUUCUGUACCUCUCACAUACUUUGUUGUCAUCAAGAUCAUUUUAGUUGAUAUUGAAAUCUUGUACAAUAGAUAUGAGUACACCUUUUUGUUAUGCUUCCAGUAUUACUAGAUGUAUAGGUUGUAUUGUAUUACAAUAAAGGAAGCUCACUUGAGAGCAAAAUCUUAUUUUUAUAGUACAGUAAGAUUAGGAACAUUCCUGAAAACAUUCAGAUUUUUUUUUCAUCAUUGUCUUCAAGUCAAGAGUUUAGGAAUAUAAAAGUUGACAGGGAAGUUUUUCUAAUGUAACCACUGGUUUUCGAAGAUGGAUCUGUGGCUGUACAGUUCUUGGUGUUAUGUAUGACGGUUGUCGUUUUAAUGCAUCUCAUUAUCAUGUUGAAUGGUCCAUUCAUCAUUGCUUAAAAAGGCAGCAGCAGACAGAGUGCAUUCCAUCACUGAUUGUAAAUAUAUGAGAAAGAGUUUUCUCAAAACACUGCUUAUUAAAACUUAUUGCACAGAAGCCUGAACAAAGGUUUUGAAAGCUUUAAGGAGACUAAAAAGAAAAUAUAAAUACAUUGUUAUGAAAAUUUUAAGUAAUUUGAUGGGAUAUUUGUGUUAACUUCUCUGUCUUCUGACUUCAUUAUGCUUGUAAUUAAAGAUCUUCCAAAUUA